GUAAUCUCUUCACAUUGAUACUGGUUGUUUUGGCUAUGCAUCUAUGAUGAAGUCUGGAAAUUCGGAUGGUUCCGUAAGCCUGAGAAAUUGUUUUGUGAAUAGUGGUGGUUCUGGUUAGAUACAUGGUUCCUGAAAGUGAAGAAGAAUGGAGACAUAUUGUAGAAGGAUUUUCUGCACAGUGGAAUUUCCCUCAUUGCUGCGGAACGAUAGAUGGAAAACACGUUCAGGUGCCCACCGAAUAGUGGAUCCCAAUUCUAUAAUUAUAAAGGAACUUACAGCAUAAUUCUUUUUGCUUUAGUUGACGCAGAUUAUUGCUUUAAAUAUAUAGAAGUAGGGGCCGAUGGUAGAGCAAAUGAUAGCACUAUAUUUAGGAAUUCUGAUUUGAAUAAGGCUAUGAUAAAUGGAUCAUUAAAUUUUCCACAAGAUUCCUUAAUAAUAGGUGAUGAUGCAUUCCCUUUAAGGAAUAAUCUUCUCAAACCUUAUACCGGAUCGCUAACUAUUAAACAAAGAAUAUUUAAUUAUCGUCUGUCGCGAGCCAGGAGGGUUGUGGAAAAUGCAUUCGGUAUUUUAAGCGCAAGAUUCCGAAUAUUUCACAAAGUUAUUAACUUAAAACUAGAUACUGUAGAUCUGGUAGUGAAAGCUUCUUGUGCAUUGCAUAACUGGCUCCGAACUACAAGUUCCAGGGUAUAUGUUCCUAGAGAUUCGAUUGACAGAGAAGAUAUUGAUACAGGAGAAAUCAUAAAUGGUUUAUGGCGUUCUGAAGUUGAACCAUUGCAAUUUGCAAGGCUAUUGCGUGAGAAAUACACAGAUUUUUUUAAUGGAGAAGGCGCUGUACCGUGGCAAGAUAGAAUGAUAGGCUUAUGAAGCAAUGUGUUGAUAGAGCCCUACACAAUAAAUAAUAUAUCUAACUAAUAUGUACGUAUAAUAUAUAAACAUUAAAACAAAAUAUAUGCCCUUACCAUGUUGUUUGUUGUCUUCCUGCUGAUGGUGACAUUCCUCAAAAAUAUAUCUGCCUUAGCAAACCAAAUAAGCUUCGGCUUAUAUACAUCAUCUGUACCAGA